GACUGUCUGAGACAGUUAUUUCUUCACCACGCAAAGGAAGCAACAGUUUGAAAAAAAAGCGGUGUCCUGUAUAUUUUUCUCGGGCGUUUUGAUAAAGAAAGACAAACCUGAGGAUGAAACUGCUCCUGUUCUUCGUUGUCUCCUGCCUCGCCUUACAUAACGCAAAGGGAGCUCCUCAAACUGCUGUGUAUAAGUUUGUGAGAUGUAACCCUGAGGGCGACCAGGCCAACUGUGUGACUCAACAAAGUCCAGAAAUGGCAUGGAGUCCUGAACUACCAGCCAAACUGCCUGCGUCAGCUGCCCAGUAUUUAGAGGCAGAGCCUGUUCAGGAUGACAGCCCAAUGUGGGAGGAUGGACCCGUGUUUGGUUCUGGAGAUCAUGAAGGCUCUGGUUAUGCAGCUGAAGAUAAUACCAUGGCAGACAAGGCUGAAAGUGAGACAGGCUCUGGUGAAUCCUGGACAGAGAAAGAUGGGGAAGGCAUGUUCAUGAGGAUGUUCCCUAGCAGGUCUCUGUUUGGUGAGGCAAAACCAGCAGAGCAUGAGCUGAGAGAAGAUCACCUUCUUCAGCCAUAAACUGUACAUCAACAUCCUAACAGACACACAUUGCCACCGUAUAUAUUCAAAAAAUUAAAUAGAUAUGACAUCACCACCUUGUGGCGGACCAAAUAUAAGCCAGCUAUUUGCAUUUGUAGUGCUAUUGAUGGGAGUUAUUUUCUUAAGGGCCAAAAGAACAAGUGUUUAUAUUGAAACUGUAGCCGACAAAAGAAUAAUCUGGCAUAUCUGGCAGUGACUGGCAUAUGUGCUUUAUGUGGAAAAGAUGCGAAUAUGCUUAUUUUAAUAGAAAAUCUAAAACGUGCUUUUAAAUAAAUACUAAUGCAAUGACGCCUUUGUCCACGCAUUGCUCACUCUGUGCAGCUGUGGUUUAAGUCUUUUCUUCUUUCUUUUUUUUUUUUGUUGAGGCCUGUGUACCUUUAAGACACACGAAACAAAGACUUAUUUAUAUAUAUUUGAUCCCUUUGUCUCAAAUGUUGUGACACUUUACACUUACCCAGGGGGUUUAUGCAACAUAUUUUGUGAACUUCCUGCUUCAGCAAGAUUUAGAGAGAAUCUUGCGAAGUCAAAUUCCUCAGGAAUGGAUUAAUGCUUUCUUAACCACUGUGAGCUGAAACAUACUCAAAACAUGUAACGUGCACAUGCAUGCAUUUCAACGUGCUCUGCACUGUCUAUUUUGCAUUGGAAAUACUUCUAUCAAUAAAGGAUGUAUAACAACAGUA